CACUUUCAUUGUUUGACGGAAGACGUAAUUAAACAAAAAAAUGGCAACUAGACUUCAAAAAUGAUUAAUUUAUCUUCUCUCUUCGAAGAAAUUUUUAUUCAAUUCAAAUUUUUAGCUUCAAAGGUUAUUUUAAAUUAUGUAGGGUGUCAAAUAGCAAGAUUAGUUAUAAUAAAUCUAAAAAAUAUAAACUUGAUAAACUAAGAAUCUCAAUCAAGAUGGAUUUUGUUACGAAUACUCAUAAUGACUACCAGUGGCCGUUUCCAAAGCCUAUCGUAGGAAAACCAUGCGAACCUCCAACGCCGUCAGGAGCUCCACCCGCUCAACGAGCUCCAGUUGCGCCCUACUGUCAUUGUGAUGCUCAUUCCUAUUCACCGAGAGUAGAACAAUACAAACAGCUGCUCGAAAAAGAACAGAAAUUAUGCCAAGACUAUGAACAGCUGCGGAAACAGAUGGUCAGCGUCACAAAUGACAUCCUAGAUCAUCCUUGCGACGACCUGGACUCGAAGAUGACAACGAUGUAUCAAGCCACGUACAAGAAGAGAUCAUUCCCGGUAGCCGAUUACAGAACUAUCAUGGCCUCGUCGCAAUCAUCAGCUCCGAUUCCUGUGGAGUCGAAUCGUCUUGGCCUCCUUCGCUGCUACAAAGAUCCUACUCAUUUCUCCGAGAACCCUCCUAAAGUCAGGCCUUCGAUUCAUCCUCCGGCACCGAUCCACACUGGAGUCACGCCGCAGUCGAUAAAGACUUGGUUCUCUGAGUUUCCCGGCAGGACUGAGUACAUGGACACGUAUAGCGCAUCGGCGAAGGCUUGCUGGAGGUCGAUGCAGAGGUACAAAGAGCCAAUGCCUUCGACCAGACGUAGGGCGGACGAUAAUUGCGUUUGAGUGUUUUAAUAAAGAGAAGAUAAAUU